AGGUAAAGACACGCCAUCUACCUACAUCAGCCGGUCCCUGCAUCAGCUUAAGCAACCAAGCUCCAUCCUACACCCUCCAUCCACCCUGUCCAUCCACCCCGAAGCUCGGGCCGCGACAUGUGAAAUGCCGCUUUGAACUCUUCAAAGCCGCUGAUAACCACACAAUAUCGGCUGACCUGUCUACCUUUUUUCGCAAUUGGUUUUGCUACGGAAGACUCUUGAUGCGUGGAUGGAGGAAAAUGCGGAGCUUCUUGAUGAGCGACGAGGAGCUCGGCAAGAAGGAUGACGACCACAAGCUCGUCGGCGGCGCCCGACAGCGGCAUUCGCCUUCCUGGCAGCCAUCUCGCGGCCCGCCACGACGCUCAAUCAAGCGUAUCGGUCUAGUGUUGGCCGUAGCCCUUGUCGUCUACCUCUUCGUUCACAACAUCCCCAAACUCGGCCCCGACGAUCGAAUGCGCCGCCCCGAAUACGCACGUGUUCCCGGCCGCCCUGCCUCGCGCCUUGGUCAUUCGUCCACUGAGAAUGUCAUGCAUCCCCCAGACCCCGAUGCGCAGGCGCAGACACGGAUACUUGCACCAGAUACCACGGAGAGGAACUUCAAUGGGCCCUUCAAAUUUCUCAACCUAGCGUCGACGCUGCAGGCGAUUUCAAAUUUGAGAGGGAGCCAGCCGGAAAACAAAAACAUUCUAUUCGCAGCCGCCAGUCUCAAAAGUGCCGCCACUCUGUUGCCAAUGGCAUGCCAGAUGGGGUUAGGAACGAGGAACUACGUGCACUUUGCUCUCCUCGGUCGAACCAGCAUACGUAUGCAACAGUUGUGGGAUAUCAAUGGAAUUGACAAAUCCUGUAUCAUCAUCUUCCAUGAUGCUCGCCCGAACUAUGCUGAGAUUUCGACGGAUGGAAGACUAGAGAAAUCUGUCUUCCGCGGGCUUCACCAUAUCCAUAACUAUAUGCACCCCCAAGUUAUCAUUGUGGAUGGGACGAAUAAUGAGGAGACUUUCUUUACUAGGGGACUGAAACAACAUCUAAAGGUGUCUAAGACUUCUUUAAUAGAAUUGCCUCGCUUUGCACCGAAGUCUCUUGAUUGGAUAACGAGACUGGACAGCGCAGCAUUGCGAAUGUGGAAUACAAUAAAAAUCGACAUCUUGAUUCAAGCUACCCCGAAGUCUUCAGGGAGCUUGAUAAGGCUGCUGAGGUCUCUCAGUACAGCCGACUACACAUCGAGUGCCAUCCCCCACAUCACCAUUGAACUUCCUUAUCAGAUUGACACGAACACCAAGAGGUUCCUUGAUUCAUUUGUCUGGCCACCUUCACAUGUGUCCAACCCAACCAACGAGCGAUACAUCUCCCUAAGACGCAGAUUAUCUCGACAGAAAUCUACGGAAGAGGAAGCUUCGACACGUUUUUUCGAGUCUUUCUGGCCUGCACAGCCGCAAAAAUCUCAUGUGCUUGUACUCUCGCCGCAUGCAGAAGUCACACCUCAAUACUUUAAUUGUAAGUCUAAGGUUACUAAGCUUAUUCAUGACCGUUCUAAUCGAAUACUGGCAGAUCUGAAAUAUACACUUCUUGAGUACCGCUAUUCCGAUAUGUCUAGAUUUCACAACUGGGGUCAGCAUCUGUUUGGAAUCAGUUUAGAACAGCCCUCAACUACUCUCGAUGGCGAAAAGUUGUUCAAUCCUCCAUUAUUCCAACAUCCCGAGGAAAUCAGUGCUGAAGGCACACCAAACCCUUUUCUGUGGCAGACACCUACUAGUAGCGCGGUGCUCUUUCUUGGCGAUAAAUGGAUGGAACUCCAUGACUUCGUCUCAAGAACGAUGCAAGUCAAAGAAAACUCCGAUGUUGUGCCAACAUUACUCUCAGAAAAGCUCGUCAGCAAGCAGCACCCGUCUUGGCUAGAGCAUGCUUUGAGGCUGGCUCGUGUCAGGGGUUAUUGGUUCCUGUACCCUGGCAAAGAAGUGGCAGAGCAUGUCGCAGCAGUCCAUGGUGAAUUAUAUGAUAUACCUGAGGAAUAUACGGGCUUCAAAACCUCAGUUUCCGACGACGCAAGCGAUGAGGCGGUAGGAAACAUUCGACAAAAGGUUCGAUGGGCGCCCGAGGUCCAGCUAUCUUCGCUGUCUGUGCUUGACGCACUCCCGAAUGAUGGGAAUCUCUGGCCGCUCACCGCGCUACCGAUCGCGGAUUGGCAAGGUACGGAAGUGAGCCCACAGGAUUUCCGCACCCGCUCAUAUGAAUACGAGGUCCUGUUCAAGGGGUCUGUUGGCAGGUGUGAUGCCGAAACUGGCAAGGGACAGAAGGCUUAUGAGACGGCGUCGACGCAGGAUUUAUUCUGCAAUCUGCCCUAAGCUGCGGACUAAUUGGCCAUAGCCUCGAGUUGUUGAUCUCGGAAACUGAUUAUUCGUUCAUCUGAAUAAAUUUCGAAAUUUGUCGUGCGCACACGGAUGCACGCGGCCCCGUGAUACCAUGUACAUAAAACAGCAUCGCAUAACAUAGGAUAGCAUAGCAUUAUCUCUCGGUGUCUCUUAUAAGGGGGAUUAGUUAUCAAUUAUCUCGUUCUUUCCAUCUCCUUG